AUGGACCGCAAAUACAGCGGCCCUCGGAGUUACGACUGCAACGUUGAGAUCAAGCAAGAAGACAUAGAGGCCUUGCAGUAUAUGCGACGCUGCAACUCCAACAACAGCGCUGACAGUGGUAUCGUUAUUGACACAAACUCGGAGCUGUUUAGCCAGAAUGGCCUAUCUCCCACUUCAGACAAUAGCCAACCACGGAAGUUUGUGUGCUUCUUCGACGGCUGCACGAAGGGCUUCGGGCGGAGCGCCGACCUGGACCGCCACCAGAAGCAGGUGCACACGCGCGAAGAGGCGCGGGACAAGUUCUACUGCGACUACCAGCGGUGCCAGAGGAAGGACGGCGCGUUCGGCCGCAAGGACCACUUCCGCGACCACUUCCGCGACUACCACAAGGAGGACAUACCGCAGCGGGGCCGGAGCGCGUCCAAGAGCUGGGCCGACGAGCGCUACAUCAACAUCGACUGGUGGCGCUGCAGCAAGUGCCUCCAGAGGAUGACCGUCGCAGAGGUCGGCUACGAGUGCCAGGAGUGCCGCUUCCUCUGCGAGCCGGACCGCAAGCGCACGAGGGAGCGGAUCAGGGAGGCUCGUGCCAAGGCUGGCCAACGUUGA